AUGGCAUCGGUGGUUCAGCACGGCCGACGAAGAGGCUCCAGUAAGAGAGGUGAGAGCUAAAGCAACAGAGUUUUAGCUGAUGAAGACAGCUGGACUAUCCAGCCACCAGACCUCCGACAAGUCACUGUCCUAACCAAGGCUGAAUGGCUGAGGAUUCAAGAUGUAUUGAACGGGGUUAAUAAAGAUAAGGACAGUAUGAAAGAGGCGGCAAAACAGAGAGAGGCCCUGCAUCGGGAAUCAGAAGAGGUGGUGAAACUGUGGUCCAAUACUUUUGCUGGCCAAAGGCAAAAAAAACUAGAGGCGAAGAAGAUUCAGGAGGAGAUUGAGGAGGAGAAAAGGAAACUGACUGAUGAAGAAGAGGCCAAAUAUCAGGAGCAGAAGCGGAAAGAGGCCAUCGAAAAAGCCAAAACUCAGCUGUAUUAUCAAAGUGACCGUGUUAGAAGAUUACAUGGUGCACUCUUGUUGACAGAGGUGCUGAAGGAGAGGGAGGCCCAGACUGAACUGAAGCAAAGAAUCAAGAGCGCCUCAAAAGAUGUGGACAAACACUUCCUGGAUAUGGUGAAGACUAAAGAGGACAAAGCCUUGAAAGAGGAGCAGGAGAAGGCACAUCAGGAAAAGCUUGAGCGGCAGGCUGUUGCAGAGCACCUGAAACGCCAGAUGAAGGAAAAUGAGCUGGUGAGAGAGCAACAGAAGAUAGAGAACAAGAAGGAUGGAGAGGAAACCCAGCGUCUUCAGGAGCAGCAUCAGUUGGAGCAAAGGAAGGAAGAAGAAAGACGAGCAAAGCAGAAGAGAAACCUUAUGAAAGAUCACUUGGAACACCUUGCCAACAUGGAACUCAUAAGAGCAACAGAUGCACAAAAACAGGAGGCUGAGGAGAAGCAAAGGAAACUUUUUCUCUCUGCAAAACAAAAAAUGGUGAAGUUACAAAAAGAAAGAGUAGCAGAAUUGCAAAGAGAGGCACAGAUGCACAGAGAGAAGAUCAUGAACAAACUGACAGUCACACAGCAGCAGCAAACUGUCAGUGAGGAGCAGAGGAUCGCAAAGGCUGUCGCUGAGCAAGAUGCAAGACAGGCACAACAGCAGCAGGAGCAGGAGGAGAAGAAGGCCACCAUGAUGAAGUCGAUCACUGCACACAGAGAAGCUAUGAGACAAGGAAAGGAGCAGAGGGACAAAACAGCACAACGGAAAGACCGAGACACACUUCAAGCCAAGAAAGAGGCUGACAGAAUAUUUUCUGAGAAACAACAACUGAAGGCUCAGCAGAUCAAAGAACAUAGAAGACAAUUACAAGACUUCAAUGCCACACAGAUGGCUGAGAAGAGCGCCAGGCACCAGCAGCUGAGAAGGGAGGAACUCGAGUUUGAUAAGAAGAACGCAGAACUCAUUGCUGAAGAGGAAAUCCAGUUUCAGCAGUAUUCACAGCAAGUCAUCAAUGCGGCGGGGGAGGCCCAGCGAAACGUCUUUCCACUUUGCAAAGCUGCAAGGGAGGGGGCUGAAGCAGGCUUAGGUCUCGUUGCUAGUGGAGUCAGACCUCGCUACCUUGUUCAGGACCGUACCGGUGCUCAAAUGCCCAAAUAUGUCUCUGCAGUCACCCAGAACAUUAAAGAGCUUAAUGAGGUUGUAGACAUUCAAGAGGCAAAGAGGAGGGUUGGAUUUACAUGGUGA